AUGUCUGCUCGUUGCUUACAAACCACAAUUCGUAAUGUACAAACAUUAUGGACAAUAACCAGUCGUCGACAAUUUCAAACAUCAGUUUUACGUUUAUCGGCACAUGCGUUCCAUAUUAUAGAUGAUGGAGAUUUUCAAAAACAAGUUCUUGAUAGUAAAAAACCAUUCAUUGUAGAUUUUCAUGCAACUUGGUGUGGACCAUGUAAAGUUUUAGAGCCACGCCUCGAAAAAGUUCUUACAAAUCAUAAUAAAAAAGUAGAAGCUGCAUCUGGUGAUCAACAAAUCAAAUUGGCUAAGGUUGACAUUGAUAACUUGGGUGAAUUAAGCAGUAAAUAUAAUGUACAAGCAGUGCCAACAGUGGUGGCUAUUAAGAAUGGCAAAGAAAUCAGUCGAUUUACAGGAGUUGCCGAUGAAAAUCGAAUUCAAAAGAUGAUUGAACAACUCAAUCGAUAA